UAAAUUGGUGCUUCAUAACUUUAACACAUUCCUGCCACUAGUUGGAAUAGAUUUACCCGAGUUGCCUGUGUGUUCACCUUUGAUGCAUGCUGUGUUGAAAACUCUGGAACGCUGGAUGGAUGUUUUACAAGGGAAGCUAGAAUUAUUUGCUGGACCUCCAGAUGAUUUUAUUUCCAAUCUUCAAGUGGACAUUGUUCCAGGAAAGCCACAUUCCAAGUUCAGAGCUCUUUUAAAUCCUUCUAACUCACCCUUCAUAGAUUCCCAUUCCACAUUGCCCAUCAAAAGACUCUGGUUUCAUCUCAUCAAGCAGGAAUGCCUAAAAGAAGUGUUCAUUAGAUAUAUAUUUAGAAAGAAGAUCAACCAAUCAGGAGAGACAACAACUCCAGCUGACCUUGAGAAUAAUCUGAAGGUCAAGGAGCCAAUGAAGAUCAUUCACAAAGAACAGGACAUCAUCUUAGCAUUUGCUCUUAAUCAGUCUGUCCUUUCUGUGGCCAAUGCUAACCUGCUGGCCCUGUCCACCCAGAAGGAGAUAAUAGAGCUGGACAUUGGUCCUAUACUGACCCCGCCCACCUGGCUGGAGGACGAGAACGAAAUGGACAUAGAGUAUAUCAAAAACCCAGCCCCUGCUGCACAUGAGUCAGAUUUCUUUGUGGUUCAGACACCGUCAGACACACAGACAUCUCAGCACAGUUCAGCUGCCACUAGUCCCCACACCCCAGGGCAGGGUAACUGGCCAACAGGACGGGGCACCAAUGUGACAAGGGGGAUAAACAUCCCAGGGAUAACCAAUCCCCAAAUAUCCCAACAGAUACAUGACAGGAGUCAUCGUCUACUGCGCGUGAUCUUAAAGCGACCAGUGGCAGGAGUCAGAAGAAUAGGUCCCCAUCCCAAUCUUCCUCACUAUUUGACUGGCAGUGCAGAUGGGAGUGUCAGACUGUAUGAGUGGGGUCAUAUGCAGCCACUGGCAAUGCUACGACAACCAGGGGCCUUCCCCAAAGUCACAAAGGUUUUGUUUAGUUCCCAGGGAAAUAAGUGCUGUGUGAGUGACACUGAGGGAGAUGUCUGUCUAUGGCAAGUCGGUCUAGGCAGCAACUUCACCAAACCCAUCCUGAGUUUGCGAUGCCACAAUAAGACAACCAGUGACUUUAGCUUUAUUGGUUCCUCCAGUCUCAUUGCCACAGCAGGCCACUCAUCAGAGAGCAGAAAUGUCUGUUUAUGGGACACACUGCUGCCCCCUAGGAGUGCUUGUGUACAUUCAUUCAUCUGUCAUGAACAUGGCUGUCCAGCCAUUGUAUAUGCACCACAUCACCAGCUUUUAAUAUCUGGAGGACGAAAAGGAGAAGUUUGUAUUUUUGACAUCCGUCAGCGACAGCUUAGACACACCUUCCAAGCACAUGACGUACCAAUCAGAUGUCUAGCCAUGGACCCUGAGGAGGAGUACUUUGUCACCGGGUCUGCUGAGGGAGAUAUUAAGGUCUGGGGUUUGGAUGUUCAUCAGCUGGUCGUCAAUUUCCCAGGAGAACACAGUAAAAGUACAUUUUUUAAGAACAUUGGUUCCACCUCAGGUGUAACACAGGUAGCCAUUGGUCCAGAACAUAAUCUGUUUUCUUGUGGAAUUGAUGGAUCCAUGAAGUUCCGAUCACUACCGGAGAGAGAAACAAUGGUGCGGUAUUGGACAGCAUAAUUAUUUAUUUUAGUGUAGGGCAGAUGUGGCAUGCUUAUUGAAAUAGCUUACUAUGAAUGAUCACAUUCUGUAUUUCAUGUUAAAGUGGAUUCUGAGAUACAAUUGUGCUAGCUUUCAACCACUCUAUAAGACUGAGAUAAUCUAAUUGUGUUCAACAGAAAGCUUGCAAUCACUGUUUUGAAGGACUUUUAUUUAUUUUUUGGAAUUCUUUAUUUUGUGCCAUUGAUUUGAAUUUUAGUUAUUAUUUUGUUAAAAGUCCCUGAACACAUUCUGUGAUUGGUAAAUGUAAGUUAAUAUGGAUCAGAGUUUGAAAUGUAUUUCAGUAGUAUAUGUAUGUGUAACGUUAUAAAUGUAUGACUAUUGUAUGUCCAUAAGCUUAUUUUUAAAAUCCCACCCCGGAUGACCUCAAGAGAGUGGCCACCAUUUUGUCAAUAUGUACAAAGACAACAAAAAUAUUAAACACUGCUGUUUUCAGAUGGGAACUUAAUUUAAAUGAUUCCUUUCUUAAAUGUGAUAUUUAUGUGGCAUUGAUGUCUACCUUGUUCCAGGUAUGUCAUAGUUAAGUGUGUGUGCAUUAGGAGAGUGCAGAUGUACUGUUGUUCAUUCUAGUCUUGUCUAUUUAUAGAAAAUAAACGUAAUCAUGCUAAUGAUUAUAAAUGAUAAUCUACCUUGUAAACAGAAAUAUUUAUAUUGUCAGAUUUUCUGAUGUAAUUUUUUUGUCCGAUUCAAUGCUAUCAUAUCCAAUAACAUUCCUUUAUUGUUGAAUUUAUACUUGAAAUAACCUCUACUAAUUUUAUUUUAGUCUGAAUUGUUAUUUACUUGUAACAUUUAAUGAUUAUGGGGUAUACAUGUAAGUUCAAUACAGUCUAUUGGUUUGUUAACUCAUUAAUAUACCGGGUAUUAUACAUAAAUAUUGUACUACCACUAAAAAAAUGGAGAAAAGCUUUUGAAGAGCAUUCAGUACCUUCUGGGUAUGGGAUUAUGAAAUCUAUUUAUUUGUAGAUUAUUCUAGCUCAUUGUAUUAGUAAGAUUUAGGAGGAAGCAAGCACUAUUCUAGGUAUACCUUAUUUGUUGUUGAAUAUUUCUUCUACAGGCAAAAAUUAAAAGUAUAACAGUAUCAUACAUUCUGAACAACAUAUUUCAAAGUAGAAAUAUUUUAGUCAAGUAUAAAUGUCUUUUUUAUAUUUUUGUCACUGUGGACGCUCUUGAUUGAUAAAAUUAGAAAAUUCGUAAAGAUCUUUAUUAAAAUAUUUGUUGAUAUAUCAAACUGAAGUUAAGGUAGUUUUAUUAGUAGUACAAUCUAUUAUUGGUAUGAGUAAUAGCUAUGUGUAGUACUCUUGUGUCAUAUGUCUGUUGGUAUUGUGUGCUAUUUGUUAUCUUUUGUCUUUUUAUUUUGUUGAUAAUAAGCUGUUGGUCUGUGAUCAUAUGUAGAUAACUAUAUAUAAAUUGUUUUCUUGGAAAUUGCAUUAAAACAUCAGAAACUUA